ACUCGUAACUACCACCGAGAUGCCUAAGGCGCCCAAGCAGCAGCAGCCGGAACCGGAGUGGAUCGGGGACGGAGAUAGCACAAGUCCCCCAGAAAAAGUGGUGAAGAAAGGGAAGAAGGACAAGAAGACCAAAAAGACGUUCUUUGAAGAGCUGGCAGUAGAAGAUAAACAAGCUGAGGAAGAAGAGAAAGCACUCAAGGAGAACGAGCAGCAGCAGCAACAACAGCAACAACAACAGCAAAAAAAGAAGCGAGACACUCGGAAAGGCAGGCGGAAAAAGGAUGUGGACGAUGAUGGAGAAGAGAAAGAACUCAUGGAACGUCUUAAAAAACUCUCAGUUCCAGCGAGUGAUGAGGAGGAUGAGGUACCUGCUCCAGUACCCCGAGGAGGGAAGAAAAGCAAGAGUGGUAAUGCUUUUGCAGCCUUGAUUCAGGAUCAGAGUGAGGAAGAGGAGGAGGAGGAAGAAAAACGUCCUCCCAAGCCUGCCAAGCCGGAAAAGAAUCGGAUCAAUAAGGCAGUAUCUGAGGAAAAACAGCCUGGGCUCAAAGGCAAAAAGGGAAAGGAAGAAAAGCCAAAGGGGAAGGCCAAGCCUCAAAAUAAAUUUGCUGCUCUGGACAGUGGAGAGGAGGAUGAAGAAGAAGAAAUUGUGAAAGAGAAGGAACCACCCAAACAGGGGAAGGAGAAAGGCAAGAAAGCAGAAAAGGUAAGUGUUUUGGUUUUGAAGGAGAAAUGAGAAGAGGGAGAAGAGAUGGAAGAUGAGGAAGACAAGGGAGAACCUAAGGCAGAUGAUCCUUAUGCUCAGCUUAGCAAAAAAGAGAAGAAAAAACUGAAGAAACAGAUGGACUAUGAACGCCAGGUAGCUUCAUUAAAAGCAGCCAAUGCAGCAGAAAAUGACUUCUCUGUGUCUCAAGCAGAGGUGUCCUCUCGCCAAGCCAUGUUAGAAAAUGCCUCUGACAUCAAGCUGGAGAAGUUCAGCAUCUCAGCCCAUGGCAAGGAGUUAUUCGUCAAUGCAGACCUGUAUAUUGUUGCUGGCCGCCGCUAUGGACUGGUGGGACCCAAUGGCAAGGGCAAGACCACACUCCUCAAGCACAUUGCCAACCGAGCUCUGAGCAUCCCUCCCAACAUCGACGUGUUGCUGUGUGAACAGGAGGUGGUAGCGGAUGAAACACCAGCAGUGCAGGCCGUGCUUCGAGCUGACACCAAACGAUUGAAGCUGCUGGAAGAGGAGCGGCGACUUCAGGGACAGCUGGAACGGGGGGAUGACACAGCUGCUGAGAGGCUUGAGAAGGUCUAUGAGGAGUUAAGGGUCACAGGGGCGGCAGCUGCAGAGGCUAAAGCACGACGUAUCCUGGCUGGUCUAGGCUUCGAUCCUGAAAUGCAGAACCGACCCACACAGAAGUUCUCUGGAGGCUGGCGCAUGCGUGUGUCUCUGGCCAGGGCACUGUUCAUGGAGCCCACACUGCUGAUGCUGGAUGAGCCCACUAACCACCUGGACCUCAAUGCUGUCAUCUGGCUCAAUAACUACCUCCAGGGCUGGAGGAAGACAUUACUGAUCGUCUCCCAUGACCAAGGCUUCUUGGAUGAUGUUUGCACAGAUAUUAUCCAUCUUGAUGCCCAGAGACUCCACUACUAUAGAGGCAAUUACAUGACCUUCAAGAAGAUGUACCAGCAGAAGCAGAAGGAACUGCUAAAGCAGUAUGAGAAACAGGAGAAGAAGCUGAAGGAGCUGAAGGCGGGUGGCAAGUCCACCAAACAGGCAGAAAAGCAAACAAAGGAAGCCCUGACUCGAAAGCAGCAGAAGUGCCGACGGAAAAACCAGGAUGAAGAGUCCCAGGAGGCCCCUGAGCUCCUGAAGCGCCCCAAGGAGUACACUGUGCGCUUCACCUUCCCAGACCCCCCACCCCUCAGCCCCCCUGUGCUGGGCUUGCAUGGUGUGACAUUUGGCUAUGACGGACAGAAGCCACUCUUUAAGAACCUGGACUUUGGCAUUGACAUGGAUUCAAGGAUCUGCAUCGUGGGCCCUAAUGGUGUGGGGAAGAGUACCCUGCUUUUGCUGCUGACAGGCAAGUUGACACCGACUCAUGGAGAAAUGAGAAAGAACCACCGGCUGAAAAUUGGCUUCUUCAACCAGCAGUAUGCGGAGCAGCUGCGCAUGGAGGAGACACCCACCGAGUACCUGCAACGAGGCUUCAACCUGCCCUAUCAGGAUGCCCGGAAGUGCCUGGGCCGCUUCGGUUUGGAGAGUCACGCCCACACCAUCCAAAUCUGCAAACUCUCUGGUGGGCAGAAAGCCCGAGUUGUGUUUGCAGAACUGGCCUGUCGGGAGCCUGAUGUUCUUAUCUUGGAUGAGCCUACCAAUAACUUGGAUAUAGAGUCUAUUGACGCUCUAGGAGAGGCCAUCAAUGAAUAUAAGGGUGCGGUGAUUGUCGUCAGCCAUGAUGCCCGACUCAUCACAGAAACUAACUGCCAGCUGUGGGUGGUAGAGGAGCAAAGCGUCAGCCAGAUUGAUGGCGACUUUGAGGACUACAAGCGGGAAGUGCUGGAGGCCCUGGGUGAAGUCAUGGUGAACCGA